AUGUUAUCCAUGGCAUUUCAGUGUGGUGUCAAUAAUGUGUUCACAUAUUCUUUAUUGCCUUGUCAGACCCCUAGUUGCAAAACAUUCAAAGCCACAAUUUCUGUCAAUCCCAAACCAAAUCUGAUACUUUCUUCAACAAUUCUUGACCAUAAAAGGAAACCCGUUUCGAGAAACCAAAGAUACACAACUUUUGCAGCGCCAGAAGCUCUCACAAUUGAAACACCCACUGACGCUCCAUCCUCCACUGAAGCAGAAGAAUCCAUUGCCCCCCAAGAAACUGAGAAAGCUGAGGUGUUAGUGAAAAAAGUGGAGAAGCCAAGGCUGGUGUUGAAGUUUAUAUGGAUGGAGAAGAACAUUGGGCUGGCUCUUGAUCAGGUGAUACCUGGACAUGGCACUGUCCCGUUGAGUCCUUACUUUUUUUGGCCAAGGAAGGAUGCAUGGGAAGAGCUUAAAGCCACUCUAGAGAGUAAGCCAUGGAUAUCCCAGAAGAAGAUGAUCAUACUUCUCAAUCAGGCCACUGAUAUCAUCAAUUUGUGGCAGCAAAGUGGUGGCAAUCUUACCACACAAUGA